CUACCAUUCCUGGGGGAAUCACACAUGCCUGGCACUGAAGACACAACAGGCCUCCCGGUUCUUGUGACAAUGUCUUCUCAGUGGCAGCAGCUGAGGCAAGGCCUGCCCUGGAAGGCCCAGCAGCAGCAGCAGGUGAAGCAGCCCUGUCAGUCACCUGCUGUCAGAUGUCAAGAAACUGGACCACAAACCAAGGAUCCAUGUGCUCUGCAGCCCAAGAAACAAUGCCCAUCCAAGGGCACAGCGAUCCUCACCCAGCACAAGUGUCCUGUGGCCCAGCAAGCCCCCAAGAAUAAACAGAAGUAAGGGCAGACUGCCUGCCUGACAUCCAGGCUACCAGAUGGAGCCUUCUCUUCCUCCUGUUCCUCUUCCCUCCAUACCCAAGAGCUGCCUUCCUCUCCUACCACCUCCUGCCGGAGGUCCAGUGAAACAUUGUCAGGAUUUUUCCCCAUUUAGCUUUUCCCAACCUGAUUUUCUCCCAAGUAGAUAUAAGGAAGCCUUUC